CAGCGGGGCCGGGCCAUGGAGCUGAGCGGCCUCGUGCGGGCCCUGAGGCUGGAGGCGCCGGGCCCGGAGCCGCCCCCCGCGGGGCUCCCCCCGGGGCUCCCCCCGGCCCAGCAGCUGCUCCCGCAGAUCCAGAGGCUCCUCUCCCCGGGGCCCGGCCGUGCCCCCGAGGCCGCGGUGCUCCGGGAGCUGGGGGCUGUGCUGGAGGCUGCGGACUGCGAGGGGCUGCUGCGGGGCGCGGUGCCCGCGGCGCUGGGGGCGCUGGCGGCGGCGCUGGGCGGGUUCGCGGCGCCCCCGCGGCAGGAGCAGGAGGGCGCGGACCUGCCCCCCCGGGCCGGCUCCGGCGCUGCCACCGCCGAGAGAGCAGCGGACGUGGGCGCCGUGUUCCUGCGGCUCCUCGGGAAGCUGGAGGCCGCCAGGAGCCGGGAGGGGCUGGGGGCCGCCGCGGUGGGUCCGGUCCUGCGCCGGGUGGAGGGUCCCGUCUUCGUCUUGGCUGCCACGCACCUCGUGGAGGGGCCCUGGACGAGCGGGGGGUCUCGGGGGGUGGCUCAGGAGCUGCUGGCAGCGCUGCUGCGGGCUGCAGGCUGCGGGUCGGUGGCUGAGUUCCUGCGAGGGAAGAGUGAGGAGGAGGAGGAGGAAGGAAGAUUUGCGGCCGUGCUGGGGCUCCUGCAACACGAGCUGACCAAAGACACUUGGGAGUGUAACCCAGCCACAAAGCUGGUGUUCUGCUGGACCCUGCCCCAGGUCACCCGGCCCUGGCUCAGCCCCCACCUGGAGCGGGUCCUCCCGCCCUCCCUGCUCCUCUCGGAUGACUACAGGGAGGAGAACAAGAUCCUGGGGGUGCGCUGCCUGCACCACAUCAUCCUCAACGUGCCAGCUGCUGAGCUCUGCCAGUUCAACAGGGCUCAGGUUGUGUACCAUGCCCUGUACAACCACCUCUAUUCACGGGAGGCCCCUCUCAUACAGGCAGUCCUGCUGUGCCUGCUGGACUUACUGCCCAUCCUGGAGAGAGCCCAGAGGUGGCAGCAGCAGAGCAGCCCCACAGCUCCCUGCCACCAGGUGCUGCAGCUGGUGCUGACCCAGAUGGAAGCCGAGCACCGCCUGGCCCUGCGCAGGGUGUACGCCCGCGCCCUGCCCGCCUUCCUGCAGAGACUUGGCAUCCUGAUGGUGAGGCACUUGAAGAGGCUGGAGAGAGUUAUCCUGGGAUACCUGGAAGUCUGGGAUGGCCCUGAGGAAGAGGCCCGGCUGGGAACGCUGGAGGCGCUGCGCUGCGCCAUCGAGCACGCCUGGCCCAGGAUGCCCUGCAGGCUCCCUGUGCUCCUCCCAGCCCUGCUGAAGAUGAUCUGGGAUGUCCACACCGACCAGAGCCCGACGCCUGAGCCAGUGAGAGCUGCUUUGCUCCAAGGGGCCACAGAAUGUCUCAUCCUGCUGGAUCGCUGCUCUGAAGGGCAGGUGAAGGUGCUGCUGGAAGGUGUGUCCAGGAGCUGUGAGGAGCCCCGCGUGCGGGAAUGCCUCCGGAAGGUGCAGGAGAGCGCCUGAGGAGCAGCUGAGCAGUGCUUGGCUCACUUGUGUACAGUAAACUUGUUUAUUUAUUUAAA